GUCAAAAAUGCGGUGAGUGUUAAAGUCGCGGAAUUGAUUAAUUUUAGCCUUUGUAUAUCUUAAAUUAUGCAUACAACUAAAAAAUAUCACUAAAAUAUGCAUGAUAUAAUGUAGAAUAAACGGAAGAAAAAGUUUCGAUGAAAAUAUUAGUAUAAGGAUAUAUAAAAAAGUGUAGACAGAACAUUAAGAAGUGUAGCCGUAAAAUGAGUUUUUCCAGCGACGAAGUAAACUUUUUGGUUUAUAGAUAUCUGCAAGAAUCUGGUUUUGUACAUUCGGCUUUUGUGUUUGGUGUGGAAUCUCAUAUUUCACAAAGCAACAUAAAUGGCGCUUUGGUACCACCGGCUGCUCUCCUCACUAUUCUUCAGAAAGGCCUAAUGUAUACAGAAGUUGAAUGGAGCGUUGGAGAGGAUGGUGAAGCUGGACGUUCAGUUGAAGGAUUAAGUUUAAUUGAUGCCGUUAUGCCCGAAGUAAAGCCACCAAAACCAGCAGCAGUAAAAUCAGAACCUGGGAAAGCCAUUACGGACAGCAGUGGCACAGCUGCAUCGUCGACGACAACAGGUGGUGUCGUAAAAUCGGAAGUAAAAUCCGAGGGUAAUGCUCCAGGAGCUUCGACAAACAAUGAACAAAACUCGGGAGGAGCUCCAUCCGCAUCUGCUGACUCUAAUGAAACUGAUAGUAAUACUAAUUCAGCUGCAAAUAGUACAACAUCUGGCGCACCCUCCGUUGGAACUGCUAAUUCUACAACUGGGACAACUAAUGACACAUCUUCAACAGGAAAUAAAAAGGCCAACCCCUCGGAAACAACAUCUGGCAGCUCUUUAACCACAAAUGAUCUUACAACAAAUACAAAUGUCAACAACGGCAUUACCUUGGGCACUAACGCUAAUGUCAAUGAACCAACAACAACCACAAAUUCAGUAGUGACCGGUUCAACAACUGGAACAAAUAUUUCAGGAGCUGGUACUACUACUACUUCAAGCGGCAGUGCUGCUAAUAAUAACCCAGCUCCAGGCAGCUCUGAUAUUUUGACCCAGAUACAAUUGGGUAAUACUACUUCAACAACAGGAACAGAACCAAUGGAUAUCGAUCAAGGAAUUGAGAUACCUGCCUCAAAAGCAACAGUUUUACGUGGACAUGAGAGCGAAGUAUUCAUAUGUGCCUGGAAUCCCAGCAGAGACCUUCUUGCAAGUGGUUCUGGUGAUAGCACUGCACGCAUAUGGGAUAUGUCUGAUGCAACCAGUAGCCCUAAUCAAUUAGUUUUACGACAUUGCAUUCAAAAGGGAGGUGCAGAAGUUCCAAGCAACAAAGACGUUACAUCAUUAGAUUGGAAUUGCGAUGGCACCUUGCUAGCUACUGGCAGUUAUGAUGGGUACGCACGCAUAUGGAAAACAGAUGGUCGCUUAGCAUCAACUCUCGGUCAACAUAAAGGUCCAAUAUUUGCAUUAAAAUGGAAUAAAAGGGGUAAUUAUAUACUAUCGGCUGGUGUUGAUAAAACUACUAUAAUCUGGGAUGCUUCUACUGGACAAUGCAACCAACAAUUUUCUUUCCACAAUGCACCCGCACUCGAUGUUGAUUGGCAAACAAAUGUAUCAUUCGCUUCGUGCAGUACUGAUCAACGUAUCCAUGUGUGUCGUCUUGGCUCAGAUAUGCCCAUUAAAACAUUUAAAGGUCAUACUAAUGAGGUGAACGCUAUAAAGUGGUGUCCACAGGGUCAAUUGCUUGCCUCCUGCUCAGACGAUAUGACACUGAAAAUUUGGAGUAUGAAGCAAGACAAAUGCUGUCAUGAUUUACAAGCACAUUCUAAGGAAAUCUAUACAAUCAAAUGGUCUCCCACUGGACCAGGAACACAAAAUCCUAACACGAAUCUAAUACUUGCUUCCGCGUCAUUUGACUCCACCGUACGUCUAUGGGAUGUUGAGCGUGGUACAUGCAUUCAUACUCUUACGAAACAUACAGAGCCUGUCUAUUCGGUAGCAUUUAGUCCAGAUGGAAAAUAUUUAGCGUCAGGAAGUUUCGAUAAAUGUGUACAUAUUUGGAGUACUCAGUCGGGACAGUUAGUACACAGUUACAAAGGCACAGGUGGUAUUUUUGAGGUCUGUUGGAAUUCCAAGGGCACUAAAGUGGGAGCCAGCGCUUCGGAUGGUAGCGUUUUUGUGUUGGAUUUAAGAAAAAUAUAGGAUUUAGUUUAACUAUUCUAUGAUAUAUGAACAAUUAUUAAUAACAUAGUAUUUGAACAUUAAAUUACAAGAAUGAAGCAUUAAAAGAAAAACAUUAGUUAUAAUCAUUAAAAUUAUAUUUAUUGGAUUUGAUGUAGAUUUCUAAGUAUAAUAUUUAGUAUAUUUUUAUAAUUUUAUGAAAUAAUAUUUACAAGGCCCAAAAUAUUUGCAGAUCGAGUUUCCAGAACUAUCGGUUAAUAUGUUUUGUGCAUUGUUUCCUAUUUAACUGCUUCGUUCAAUAAAUAUUUGCAAUGA